CUAGUGUCAAGGUUCACAACAACAAUAACCACUAGGUUUAGGAAAUUACAUUUGCGUCUGUCUCAUCUCAAAUCUUUCUUAUGUACAGAGAAGGAUAAGAGCCUGUUUAGCCAUGGAACUUAUCAGGAUACUAGUUUCUUUUGCUGUUGUAGGCUUUUUUGGAAUAUUGCUGCGUGUAUACAAUGUGUUGGUGUUGAAACCAGAAAGGCUUCGUUCCAUUUUGAAGAAGCAGGGCAUCAAUGGACCUCCUCCAACCUUGGUUCUUGGAAAUAUAAGAGAGAUCAAGAAGUCUCAAUCCUCUAAAGUUGGAAAUGUUACUCCUACCAGCCAGCCUCCUGUUACCCAUAAUUGUGCUGCUGAUAUUUUUCCUUUUUUUGAGCAAUGGAGAAAGCAAUAUGGUGAAGUGUUUGUGUUUUCAUUGGGAAAUAUACAAAUUCUAAGUGUGAAUCAACCUGACAUGGUGAAAGAGAUUACAACAUGUACAUCCUUAGACUUUGGGAAACCUUCUUACCAGCAUAAGGAGAGAGGUCCUUUGCUUGGUCAGGGCAUUCUGACUUCAAAUGGAACGGUUUGGGCCCAUCAGAGAAAGAUCCUUGCUCCUGAAUUGUACAUGGAAAAGGUUAAGGGAAUGGUGAACCUGAUAACUGAGUCUACCAAUACCUUAGUAAAUUCAUGGAAGAUAAGAAUUGACUCAGAUGGUGGAAUAUCUGACAUCAAGAUCGAUGACGCAAUGAGAAGCUUCUCUGGAGAUGUUAUCUCAAGAGCCUGUUUUGGAAGUAAUUAUUCCAAAGCUGAAAGGAUCUUUCUGUUGCUAAGAUCUCUCCAGGAGGCUAUGUCCAGGAAAAGUCUAGCAACUGUUCCUGGCAUGAGGUAUCUUCCAACUAAAAGUAACAAAGAAGCAUGGGCAUUAGAGAAAGAAAUUCGCAAUUUGAUUCUAGAGGUGGUGAAGGAGAGACAAGAAGCUACACAUGAGAGGGACUUGUUGCAAAUGGUUCUUGAGGGUGCCAAAAACAGCAACCUGAGCCAAGAAGCAAUCAACAGAUUCAUAGUUGAUAACUGCAAGAACAUAUACUUGGCUGGGUACGAAACCACUGCUGUUUCUGCCACAUGGUCCCUCAUGUUGUUAGCUGCGAAUCAAGAAUGGCAGGAUCGUGUUCGUGCAGAGGUUCUUGAAACUUGUGGAGGUCGUAUGCCAGAUGCAGAUAUGGUUCGCAAGAUGAAAAUGCUUAACAUGGUGAUUCAUGAAUCAUUGCGACUGUAUCCGCCAGUGGCUGUGGUGUCAAGGGAAGCCUUCAAGGACAUGAGAUUUGGCAAAAUUAAUGUCCCAAAAGGAGUGAAUGUUUGGACUAUGGUGUUGCCAUUGCAUACAGACCCUGAAAUAUGGGGACCAGAUUCGUACAAGUUCAAUCCUGACAGAUUUGCAAAUGGGAUAGCAGGAGCUUGCAAGUACCCUUUCAUGUACAUGCCAUUUGGUGUUGGCCCUCGUGUCUGUCUUGGACAAAACUUGGCCAUGGUUGAGCUCAAGAUACUCAUAGCUCUUAUUGUUACCAACUUCUGUUUCUCCCUCUCUCCCACCUACAUCCAUUCCCCUGCUAUCAAAUUGGUGAUAGAGCCAGAAUAUGGUGUCAAUCUCUUAGUUAAGAAGUUGUAAAUUAUGAAUCUUGAGAUGUGUUUGCUACAAAAACGAAAUUAAGUAGAGAUAAAUAUUGGAGAAGAGGCUAGAUAUUUUUCAUUUCUAUUAGUACAGUGACCUGGUAGAAGUAGCUUCUUGCUAUACCAGACAAGUCUUGUAGUCUUUCAGGAUUUGAUGCUAGUUGCUAUUUUCAUUUGAACUUCUUGUAUAUGCCUUCUACAAUGAAUGAUACUUCCAUUUGUUUUUCAUGA